UACUGUUCAGUUGUUCUGCUCUCUCUACCUCGAUCAUUGGUGCCAUGGCGGAAUGGUUUGUUGGUCCAAUCAUGGAAAAGAUCGUCGACACUUGCUCUGAUUACCUGGAAGAGCAAGUCGGAUGGCAGACAGGCAUGAAGAAGGAGCUGGAAAGCCUGCGAGAGAACCACCCCAAGAUCCAAGCUGUCGUCUUUGCCGCUAACAAAGCACAAAUCAGCGAUCAGAACCCGGCUCUCAACAAAUGGAUCUGGCAGCUGCGAAAUGCUAUUGAUGAGGCCGAUGAUGUGCUCGAUGAGUUUGAGUACAUGAAGCAUAAAGAACAGCUCACCAAAAACACGGAAGAAACAAAGAAACGAAAGGUCACAAGCUUCCUAUUUGAAAGUGCUCGUAAAAUUCUCAGAAUUGGCGAACGUGGUCUCCAAAGGGAUCCCAACUUGAACUUGAAGCGACUGGAGGAGGCUGUGCAGAAACUUGAUAAAGUUUCGGCUGAUGUUACUACUUUCCUUCAUCUUUUAGACAGCGCGAAGCAGGAACACAAGGAGCAGGAGGUUGAUUUCUACAAAACGCGUGAAACAGGAUCUUUGCCUAAAAAUGAUCUAAUCGGGCGGGGCAAGGAUAAGGAGUCUGUUCUGCAGUGGUUGAAGAAGCCAUCAAAUGAGCAUCGGGGAACUGAUUUUUACAGAAACAUUUCUCUUCUAUCUAUAGUGGGCCAUGGUGGUAUGGGGAAGACAACUCUUUUGCAACAUAUCUAUGAAGAUGAAAUGACGAAGGAAUUUGAAUGUAAAAUGUGGGUUUGUGUUUCCAACACUUUCGAUGUGAAAAGAGUCAUUGCAGAUAUGUUGGAAUCUCUUAAAAAGAAGAAGCCUGAUUUGGAUUCACUUGAUGCACUUCAAGGAAAACUUAAGAAGGUGGUGAUGUCCAAAAGAUUCUUACUGGUCCUUGAUGACGUUUGGGAAGAGGAGGAAUGGGAUAAAAGCAAAUGGGAGAAUGUGCUCGCCCCUCUAGUUUCUGGAGGUUUUGGUAGUAAGAUUCUGGUAUCAAGUCGGACGGACUCAAUUGCACUGAUUUUUGCAAAGGUAAUUAAAAAAAAGAAGGAAAUAGUUAAAUUAGACGGCCUAGAGGAAGAUGAGUGUUUGCAGCUCCUCAACUCUCAUGCAUUUGCUGGUGUAGAGAACCCUAAUGAUUAUGAAAAUUUAGGAGUCAUUACUCAAGAUAUAGUUAAAAAGCUUUUAGGAUCUCCAUUGGCAGCUAAAGUCAUUGGUGGUAUUCUGAAUGACGACUUGGAUGAAAGGCAUUGGAGGACAGUUCUAGAAAGCAAUUUAUUGGAUUAGAAUUCUAUCAAUUCCAUCUUAAGACUGAGCUAUAUAGUUUUGUCAAAUCAUCUACAAAAUUGUUUUGCAGUUUGUUGUAUGUUCCCAGAAGAUCAUUAGUUUGAUAAAGACGAUUUAGUCCGAAUGUGGAUUGCAUUGGGUUUCAUUCAGCCGUCUCAAGCAAUGACUAUGGAGGAUAUCGGAGGAAGGUAUUUUGAUGUUUUAGUCAAAAAAGCUUUAUUUGACA